AUGGCAGCGAAAGAGAAAGAGCAUUCUCCUAUAAUUGAAGAGGACAAAGUCUUAUCUCAGGUUCUUCUGCAUAAACAGUUGGUUGGUGUGACCCUGGUUUCAUACACACAAGUUUUCUCAAAAAUCUGGCCAAAUUUAAUGUAUACAUACCGAUUAGGUCAUCUUUUGUCUAACAGAUACAUCUCCCAGUGGGACCAAUUCACAGCUCAAGUGGAACCAAUUGCAUCAACAAUACCAUAUAUGAUUGACAUUGGUUAUCACAAACAUGAUUGGCCCAACAUAGGAUCCUUUUACAACACCACAGAUUCAGGUGGCGAGUGUGGAGUUUUGGCUGAGACCAUGUUUUUUGGUGCUCAUGCUUUUGUUGGUAUACACACUCCUGGUGCAUUUAAAAAUCAGCUUCAAACUCCAUUUAGCGAGCCUCGUCUUUUUAUACUCACUGAUUGUUAUUUAGGCAGAGAUAUAGUUUUGUUUGUGAAAUUAUAUUUAUGUUUUGUUUGUCUACAGCCAAUUGAGGAAGCUUCCCGGUGA